CUGUUUCUUCCUGGAUACAGUAAGAGUGAAAGAAAUGUUCUGAUUGGUUCUAGUCUAGAUAACGCAUGUUCAGCAGUAGUAUCUGUAGAUGAGACUAAAGUGAAAGAGAGGAAGAGUUGUGUCAGUGCCUUGUUCUCGGCAGAGUUCUCCCACACGCUCACAAACUGAGAUGAACCUCUCUGUGGCUAUUGUCGUUCUCACUGCGGUCGUCUGCACUUCGACAGAAAGUAAGUAUUUUAUUGAUCUAAUUCCAAUUGAAUUAGGGCCAGGAUCAUACUAUUUCCUUCAAAGUACUGAGUACAGAAAGUGUGAUAACGGUUUAAAACUGACUUUGAACCAGUAUUUGAAUCAAUCACAUUGUAAAGAUUGAAGCUGGUGUUAAUGAUUUGGUGUAUUUAUCACUCAACUGAACUUUUAUGUAUUAUCUGUUUGGGUUUCCAGUUCCUCAUGAGGUUGUCUAUGUGCUGGGCUGUCUUGAGAAGACAAAGGUGGAGGCAGAGGCGGAGGUUCAGGUGGAUGGGGAGGAAGUGUUAUAUGCUGACUUCCAGAGAGGACAGGAAGUUUGGACGUUGCCUGAGUUCCUGGGGCCAUUCCCAGGCUCCACUGUUGUUCAUAACUUCUACAAGAAUGCAGUCAAAGGCAGACGAUUGUGUCGGGAUGUCUUGGCUCUUUGGAUAUUCCACGAAAAGUCUCCACCUGAGAUAAAGGGUAAAAAGCAAAUCAACUUUAUGACAAUAAUUAAAACUUUUUCGAAAAUUUCUGUGAAAUAACAAGUGACAAAAAUGCCUAUGCAUUACAGUGAGAGAUUGAUUUUAAAGCGAGUGGUUGUAUUCCCCACCCCCCAGAUGCCCCUGAGAGCACCAUCUACCCCAGGGAUGAGGAGGCGCUGGGGGUGGAGAACACCCUUAUCUGUUUUGCCAAUCAUUUCUACCCCCCGCCUGUCAAAGUUAAUUGGACCAAGAAUGGCCUGGAGGUGACUGAGGGAGCGUCUCUCAGUCGGUACUAUCCUAAUAAAGAUGGAACGUUCCACCAGUUCUCCACCCUGAGUUUCACCCCACAGGAGGGGGACGUCUACGCCUGCACUGUGGAGCACACGGCCCUGAAGGACCCCAAAACCAGGUUCUGGGGUGAGAAACUGUUUCUCUAAAUGGGGUAUUUACUCAAUUAUCUUGGGUCUUUAGAGGCCCCUCAGAUAUAAGAAAAUCUGAAACUCAGGGUAAUGUUUCCCCAUGAAGUAUUGCCACUGCAAUAUAUGAUCUUUGAAAGAUGUAUUUCUUCCUGGUUUUGAUGGCACCUCUCUCCUCUUGUCCCCCAGAGUAUGAGGUCAGUGAGGUGAGUGGGUCCAGUGCUGGUCCUGCUGUAUUCUGUGGAGUGGGCCUGGCUCUGGGGCUGCUGGGGGUGGCUACCGGAACAUUCCUCUACGUCAAAGGAAAACAGUUCAACUGAAUUGUGACAUACACUACCAGUCAAAUGUUUGGACACACCUACUCAUUCAAGGGUUUUUAUAUAUUUUUACUAUUUUCUACAUUGUAGAAUAAUAGUGAAGACAUCAAAACUAUGAAAUAACACAUAUGAAAUUAUGUAGUUACUAAAAAAGUGUUCAACAAAUCAAAAUAUAUUUGAGAUUCUUCAAAUAGCCACCCUUUGCCUUGAUGACAGCUUUGCACACUCUUGACUGGUAAUGUAUAUUAAAUUGAAAAAGUCCUAUUUUGCUGUUGUAUGUAAACAAUGUGACAAAGAAUUAGUCGUGUACCACAGUUUCUUAAAAGUUUUAUGCUAACUGCAGUCUGCAGUUUUAUAGCUAAUCUCAUGCUAUUUUACAUAUUUUGCCAUGAGGCUGAGAGAAAAUAUUGAGGCCCCCAUAGCCCCCCCCCUGGGGGGCUGCAGGGGUGUGUGGUACGCCAGUGUGAAUAAUAUUAUUAUAUAAGAGCUACUCUGUAACAGUUCACAUUUGUUCCUGUCAAUAAAAUCUAAAUGAUUUUUUCAGAACAAUCAAAGGUAUCAUAAAUAUGAUCUCACCCAACCUGAGACAUUCAGCAAUAAUAUACAUGAUGGAUCGCAUUCAUUAAUUGUUCCCCCGUCUUACAACAUUGUACACUGCAAGUGGGUAAUUCACCCCUCCAUCAUCAAUACUUACAUGAUCACGAACUUGAAUGUCAUUUCACAAUUUACCAAUAACUAUCAGUUGUGUGGUAAACAUCAAAUUGUAUUUGCCACAUGCACCGAAUACAACAGGUGUAGACAUUACAGUGAAAUGCUUACUUACAAGCCCUUAACCAACAAUGCAGUUUUAAAGAAAAAAACUGUAGGGAGGUUAUAUACAGGGGGUACCGGUUAGUCGAGGUAAUUGAGGUAAUAUGUAUAUGUGGGUAGAGUUAAAGUGACUAUGCAUAAAUAAAAACAGAGUAGCAGCAGUGUAAAAGAGGGGGUUGGGGUGGGAUGGGGGGGCAAUGCAAAUAGUCCGGGUAGCCAUGAUUAGCUGUUCAGGAGUCUUAUGGCUUGAGGGUAGAAGCUGUUAAGAAGCCUUUUGGACCUAGACUUGGUGCUCCGGUACCGCUUGCCGUGCAUUAGCAGAGAGAACAGUCUAUGACUUGGGUGGCUGGAUUCUUUGAUAAUUUUUAGGGCCUUCCUCUGACACCGCCUGGUAUAGAGGUCCUGGAUGGCAGGAAGCUUGGCCCCAGUGAUGUACUGGGCCGUACGCACUACCCUCUGUAGUGCCUUGCGAUCGGAGGCCGAGCAGUUGCCAUACCAGGCGGUGAUGCAACCAGUCAGGAUGCUCUCGAUGGUGCAGCUGUAUAACCUUUUGAGGCUCUGAGGACCCCAUGCCAAAUCUUUUCAGUCUCCUGAGGGGGAAAAGGCUUUGUUGUGCCCUCUUCACGACUGUCUUGGUGUGUUUGGACCAUGAUAGUUUGUUGGUGAUGUGGACACCAAGGAACUUGAAGCUCUCAACCUGUUCCACUACAGCCCCGUCGAUGAGAAUGGGGGUGUGCUUAGUCCUCUUUUUUUUCCUGUAGUCCACAAUCAUCUCCUUUGUCUUGAUCACGUUGAGGGAGAGGUUGUUAUCCUGGCACCACACGGCCAGGUCUCUGACCUCCUCCCUAUAGGCUGUCUCAUCAUUGUCGGUGAUCAGGCCUACCACUGUUGUGUCGUCGGCAAACUUAAUGAUGGUGUUGGAGUCGUGCCUGGCCAUGCAGUCAUGGGUGAACAGGGAGUACAGGAGGGGACUGAGCACGCACCCCUGAGGGGCCCCCGUAUUGUGGAUCAGCUUGGCAGAUGUGUUGUUACCUACCCUUACCACCUGGGGGCGGCCCAUCAGGAAGUCCAGGAUCCAGUUGCAGAGGGAGAUGUUUAGUCCCAGGGUCCUUAGCUUAUUGAUGAGCUUUGAGGGCACUAUGGUGUUGAACGCUGAGCUGUAGUCAAUGAAUAGCAUUCUCAUGUAGGUGUUCCUCUUGUCCAGGUGGGAAAGGGCAGUGUGGAGUGCAAUAGAUAUUGCAUAAUCUGUGGAUCUGUUGGGGCGGUAUGCAAAUUGGAGUUGGUCUAGGGUUUCUGGGAUAAUGGUGUUGAUGUGAGCCAUGACCAGCCUUUCAAAGCACUUCAUGGCUACAGACGUGAGUGCUACGGGUCGGUAGUCAUUUAGGCAGGUUAUCUUAGUGUCCUUGGGCACAGGGACUAUGGUGGUCUGCUUGAAACAUGUUGGUAUUACAGACUCAGUCAGGGACAUGUUGAAAAUGUCAGUGAAGACACUUGCCAAUUGGUCAGCGCAUGCUCGGAGUACACGUCCUGGUAAUCCGUCUGGCCCUGUUGCCUUGUGAAUGUUGACCUGCUUAAAAGUCUUACUCACAUCGGCUACAGAGAGCGUGAUCACAUGAGGAAGUAUGAAGGAUUUAUACAAUGUACUGAAACUGUGAGUGAGAAUGGGAGAACAUGUCUGAGCUAUUGUGGGACCAAUACAAUAGAAACCCAAACAAGACUGUAAAGUAGCAGGUUGGUUAAUAUUUACACACAGUGAUGGCAAUAAGAGUUUUAUUGUAUGCAAUAAUCGCUAUGGGACUUUUCCUGGUGUCAAGAAAUCAUUCAUCAUGAACAGGGUUGGGUUAGUUACUUUCUAAAUGUAAUCCGUUACUAGUUACCAGUCCAAAAUUGCAAUCAGUAAUGUAAUUUUUGGAUUACACAAACUCAGUAACGUAAUCUGAUUACUUUCAGUUACUUUCCCUUUAAGAGGCAUUAGAAGAAGACAAAAAGGAUCCAUGCAACACAUUUAGUGUGUAAUUACACGGAAUCAGUCAUGAAUUGCAGUGCUUUGUGAUAUGCUUAGAGAGAGAGAGAGAACAUAGCAAUACGACAACAAAUGACUCCCUGAAAGACUUUAGAGCUGUUUCGCUACUUUCCCCUUAAGAGGCAUUAGAAGAAGACAAAAAGGAUCCAUCCAACACAUUUGAUGUGUCAUCAUAGUGGUCUCUGACUUGUGGUAGGACUCGCUCAGGCGGACAAACUUAAACUUGCACCUUUUUUCAAUGCUGAAUUGAAUGUUAUUGAGAAAACAGAAAGUGUCAUAAUGUAUUUUUUCACAAACAUCCUUCCUGAAUUUAAAAGUCAUCCAAGAAGUAAUCAUCUAGUUUCUCAAAAUAAUCUGUCAUCUGAUUACAAUAUUUUAGCUGGUAACGUAAUUACACAUAAUCAGUCAUGAAUUGCAGUGCUUUGUGAUAUGCUGAGAGAGAGAGAGAGAGAGAGAGGGAGGGAGGGAGGGAGGGAGGGAGGGAGAGAGAGAGAGAGAGAGAGAGCGAGAGAGAGAGAGAGAGAGAGAGAGAGAGAGAGAGAGAGAGAGAGAGAGAGAGAGAGAGAGAGAGAGAGAGAGCAUAGCAAUAUGAUAACAAAUGACUUCCUGUAAGACUUUAGAGCUGUUUCCUCAUUCUGUUCUGUUCCGUUAUAGACACAGGCCGACAUUAACCACAUAGAGACACAGAAGGAGGUUUCUAACUCUGAGACGUAA